ACCAUUUGCACCUCAGCUGCAAUCCUGCCCCUCCUCUUUUGGCCUGUUCGUUUUGCUCCGGGUCUCUCUGUCCUGUUCUCCGUUCUCCAGUCCUGUUCUCCAGUGAUACAUACUGCACUGUACCCACUGCCCAUCACAUCACAUCACCAUCGCAUGCGCAUUGACGAUUGCCCCAUGCCCCAUGCCCGUCAUCACACCCGGGGAUUGAGCCGCCGCCCAACAGGCUGUAGACGGCCAUCUCCAGCGCCUUCAGCCCAGUGCCACGGAUUGACAGCCGUUGCCCUUGCAGACGGCAGCGCCUUGCUACGGAUGCAAAGGAACAACCAAACACCCGCUAAUGAACUACUCAUCCUACAAAUCCGCCGACGACUACUUACCAACCGCAUGGCACGCCAUCCCACCCAGGGAACCCUCGGCGCCCGUGCCGCCCAGCGAAUCACCACCACAUGGAGCUCUAGGGUAGCGAGCGUAGAGCGUAGCACUCGAGCUCUCCACCCUCCGACCACUAUCACGACUCGUCUCAUUCUCGGGACCAACACUUCCACCCUGGAAUGCGCCAGAAUCGCCGGGCCUCACUGGCUCAAGUGGAGAGGCACGAUGCGCAAAACGCUACCAUGCCCACAUGGCACAUGGCACCGUCGCACAUGGCACGUCCAUCCCGCUUCCCGUCCGUCCGCCCGUCCGCCCGCUCUCAACGCCGGCUCCUUUACGGCCCCUCUACUUAACCAACAAACUUCCUCUCCCGUCGGGUCGCUUGGCGACGACUCCAUACAAGUAAUACAAGCGCCGGUCUUUGAUGCAUCCGGUACGGUAUCGCCGCCCCGACUUGACAAACGAUCUGUUUUCCUGCAUGACACUACCACUGAUCGCUCCGGAAACCUCUCAUCCCACUGCCCCUCACCCAGUUCAUGCACCCCCACGAGUCAUUCCUAG